CACGAUCAGUGCACUUGAGAAAGCCCACCGUAGGCUGUCUCGACGUGUAUGUUCUGAACGCUCCGCAACAUGUUAAUGAGUUUUCGUCUGCUCCCAACGAAAAAUUCACGUGGCGUAUUCAGUAUACGAAAGAAAGACAUUAGUUCAAGACAUUUACCCUCUUGAUCGAGCCUUUCACCUAGUACCAAUUGUGUAAUAAGCAAGCUGAGGAACGAUGCCAGGCAAAAGGGGCAGAAGAGGAAAGUGCGGUGGAAAAAGAGCUGAGUUUACAUCCGAUGAGGAUUCAAUCAACAAUGAUGCGUGUAGCGAGAUCAGCGGCCAAUCCGACAAUCGUAGCGUGCUGGAGGACGCAAACGACAACGAGGUGGACGAGCUCGCGCAGCAGGAGGCGUUCGAGGAGGAGCUGAAGGAGGCGAUCGACGGUCUGACGCAGAAGAGCGCGAAGGGCCGCAUCGUCUGCUUCAACGACAUAGAGAACAUCUUCGCCGUCAAGUACAUACCCGACUUCGUGGAGGACAGGAAGAUGACCAUUACGGACGCCGUGGAGCGCGCCCUGAAGAAGGGCCGGGGCGACGAGCAGUCGACGGCGGCCAGAUUGAGCACCCUCCUGUGCGUCCAGUUGGGCGCCUUCGACAGCGCCGAGACGAUCUGCAUGGAUCUAAAAUCGACCCUCAUCUUCAUCGCUAAUGACAAUGCAGCUUCUGUCCAUGCUCGCGCCGAGUGCUGCUGGGCGUUGGCCAUGAAUCAAUUCUUGUCGGGCAACGACGCGACCGACACCAUGGAAAUCGCGCAGCUACUGUCGUCUAUCUUCUCGGGCUCCUAUUUGAAGGGAAACGGCGCGAUCGCGAACAUCUCCACGGACGUGGCGGCGUUGCACGUGGCAGCUAUCUCGUCGUGGACCCUGCUUCUGACGGUCAUGACCUCCGCGGACGUCUACAAUUUGCUCGCGAGCGGCAGAACUAACAGCUACAUGCCCUCGCUGAAUCGACUGCGCGAACUGCUGGAAUCACCGCAUCUCGACGUACGCCUGUCAGCCGGCGAGGCGCUGGCGGUGAUAUUCGAACUCGGUCGUGAUUUCUCCUGCGACUACGAGCAGAAUUGGGCGCUCGAGCUGACCGAAAUUCUCAAGGAACUCGCCACCGAUUCGAACAAGUACCGCGCUAAGAAAGAUCGCAAGCAGCAACGCGCUAAUUUUAGAGAUAUUCUGCGUUACAUCGAGGAGGACAUCGUGCCGGAGAUGCAUGUGAGAUUUGGCCACGAAAUUCUGAAUUUGGAAGGAUGGUGCGCGAGACACCAGUACAACGCUUGCUGCCGGCUGCUGGGCCCCGGCUUGAAUAUUCAUCUCGCUGAAAAUCAACUUCUGCGCGAGAUCUUUCGCCUCGGCAACAAAGUUCUACCUCCACCAUCGGCCUCCCUCAAAAUGAGUAAAUUAGAGCGAACAUUGAUGAACGCGGCCGCGUUCAAGGCACGCACCAUUCAGCGCAACAAGAAUCGUGACAAACGAUCUGCAGCUAUAGCACCGCUAUAAUCAUACUUCUACGCUGGUUGUCUCAUUUUAGUGUAAUGCUAUACUUGAAUUUUCUUCCCUUAAUUUAUUGUAACUGUACAUUUAAUAGCGUAAAUUGAUGUUUUCUCAGUCGAUUCUCGAGUCGAAAUUAUACAGAUGUUCCACGUGAUGCUACCGCCCUUUCCCGUCGCAUAAAUUCUGUCGAUGUGAACAUGUUGAACAUGUGACACUCAUAUCGUCGCUUUAACGACUAUAUUUAUUUAGGUGAUAUUUAAUGAUUUGAAAAAGUCUACGUGUGUGUAUAUAUACAAGUCGAAAUAUGUGUAUAUACAAUUGUAACGUUGGUAACGAUGAUUGCAUUUCAUAUAAAUUAUUUCGGUACAUGGUCUUUUAUCAACUUGAGUAUUGAUGAUCUUUUGAACUGUUGUUGUUUUUCUCUUAGACAUAUAUUGUACGUGUUGAUGUUUCGGUGAUGAAAUUACAUGUUUUUAAUUGCUAUAAAUUGAACCAUAUGAUGGUUUAAAAAUGGAUUGUAAUGUAAACUCAUGGAAUUAUUUCGUAUUUAACAGUAAUAACUAUAUACACGAGUAAGAUGUACGAAAUAUCUACUAGCAUUGUACAUAAUUAAAUGUAAGAUGUAAUGACAUAUUUAAGUCAACUAAAAACUGUAGAUUAUACAAGGAUAAACGUCAACGAUAAAA